AAUUGUGUCGACGCCACAGUCAUUCGUGAUCGCAACGCCACACAGACUGAAGCGCUGAAAAUUAUCUUACAAAAUGGUUUAUUUAAAAAUAGUAUUAAUGGCGUUCAUUGUAAGCUUGAGCAAUGCUUAUAAGAUUUUAGUGGUGUUUCCAAUACCUGGUGCGAGUCAUUCAAUAUUGGGUCAGGGUUACGUUAAUCUUCUUUUAAAAGCUGGACACGAGGUGACAUACGUUACUCCAAUAUUUAUGCAAAAUCCACCGGCAAAUCUCCGCCAAAUAAACGUAACGGAUAACUUCCAAGUUUUUGCUCAAGGUGAUUAUUUUGAUAUUGAAAAGCUAUUACGUAAAGAAGUUGACUUAAAAGACAUCCAUACGUUGUUCAAGCUUAUGUACACUGUAUCCAAAUCUACUCUUAUAAACAAGAAUAUUCAGAAGUUAUUAAAUGAUCCUAAGGAAGAAUUCGAUGUAGUUAUUGCCGAAUGGAUGUUCAAUGAAAUAUACUCGGGUUUUGCAGGUGUAUACGGAUGUCCAUUGAUAUGGUCGUCUUCCGUAGAGCCUCACCAAAUGGUGCUUUCGUUAAUCGACGAAGCACCUAACCCGGCUUACUCGACAAACGCGCUUUUGGCUUCAGGCGAUGUGCCACCGUUCACGUUUAUGCAACGUGUUAGUAAAUUGUGGGAAUUUGUAACUGCUAGAUUCUACAAAUGGUGGGUAACCGGUGUGGAGACUGAAAUAUAUGAAAGUGGGUUCAGAUCAGCGGCCCUUAAGAGAGGCAGAGUUUUGCUUCCAUUCAGUGAAGCUAAAUACAAUGCUUCCCUAAUGUUAGGAAAUUCCCAUGUAUCUCUAGGCCAGGCUAUUAGGUUACCUCAAAAUUACAUUCCGAUCGCAGGGUACCAUAUUGACAGCAACAUCGCCCCUCUACCGGAGGAUUUGCAAAAAAUUAUGGAUAACGCUAAACAUGGAGUGAUCUACUUUAGCUUGGGUACAAUGCUGCAAAGUUCGAAAUUACCGCAAUCGAUAAAGGCGGGGGUACUGGACGUAUUCAGGGAAUUAAAGCAGACUGUUAUUUGGAAAUUCGAAGAGCAAUUACCAAAUCGACCUCAAAACGUACACAUAGUACGUUGGGCUCCGCAGCAGAGUAUAUUAGCUCACCCUAACUGUGUCCUCUUUAUAACACACGGUGGACUAUUAUCUACAACGGAGACCAUAUACUGGGGCAUACCAGUAAUUGGCAUGCCGAUGUUUGCUGACCAGUUCAAUAACGUGGACACAGCCGUGCACAAAGGGUUUGCGAAAAGGGUUGACCUCGAUCUUGAAACCCCUGCCAAUUUAAAGGCAGCCAUUAACGACAUUCUCGGGAAUCCUAGAUACAGGGAAAGAGUAAAAGAGCUAUCUUUUGUAUAUCACGAUCGGCCAGUACCACCGAGCAAGGAGUUGGUGCACUGGGUGGAGCAUGUGGUGAAAACUCGCGGCGCGCCUCACCUGCGCUCGCCUGCGCUGGACGUGCCUUGGUACCAGAAGAUGUAUCUUGAUUUACUUGUUUGCAUCAUGGCGUUAUUAUUUACUCUUCAUAUUAUUGUCAAGAAGCUAAUAUGUAAUAGAAGUUCUGUUACCACAGAAAAAAAGAGAAGUUGAGAAAUAUAUAUAAAUAUAAUACGGCAUCCUAAAUUAAAAUCCAAAAUACGGCAUCUUAAAGUAAAAUGAUAGAAUAUAUAGUAAAUUAAAUAACAAUUAUUAUUACAUACACAUAUAUUUGAUGUUUUGUUUGCAUUUAAAUUUCAUAUUAAAACAUGUAUAUUUCUAUCUACUGGUUUGCUCCUCUCUCCUUUCCAUUAUAUUGCGUGCCCGAAGGGGUCCAUAAUAUUGGUCUUUGUUGUAUUGUCUUAUAUUAUGGUUUUGCAAUAAAAUAUUGAGCAUUGAGUAUUGAGUAUCCUCAAUAACAAAGUGGCUUAAUUCGUAAAUUAAUAUUUUUGGGAACUGUCAAAAGUCACGUACGCAAUAGAAAUGCUAUUACAAUUGUAACUCAAAAUAUGUGAAAUUCAAGAUUAUAUAAUUUCUGAACGUAAAACUUGAUUCUCUACACUUCGGUAAAAUAUUUUAAGAAACAUUUAAAAAAUAUGUACUACUUAACUUAGAAUGAGACAAUCUUUUUGUGAGCUAGUU